AGGUAGGAUCGAAUAUCAUGUAUUGUAGAGGGCACUACGUAAGGUAUUCACCGGUUGACAAAAUGGAGAAUAAGCGCGGAAUCGACGAAACGGAAGGAAAAGAAACUCCUUCUGAUGUCAAGAAGCAGAAAACAAUUUCAACAAACAUUGAAGGCGUUCUCCUUGGCUACGGCAACCCUCUCCUGGAUAUCUCUGUCAAUGCCACAGAGGAAUUCCUUAAAAAAUAUGACCUUGAGGCCAACAAUGCAAUCCUGGCCGAUGACAAGCACAAGCCCAUAUACGAUGACAUGUUGGCUACCUUCAAGGAUCAGGUAGACUUUGUCCCAGGUGGCGCCACUCUCAACGCCCUGCGUGUAGCUCAGUGGCUACUUGGCACACGCAACUCAGUCACAUUUUUCGGCUGCGUCAGUAAAGACAAGUACGGGGACAUCCUGCAGCAGAAGGCCCAGGAGGCCGGGGUUAAUGUACGCUUCCAGUACACAGACAAGGAGCCCACAGGAACAUGUGCUGUUGUGUGUACCGGCAAAGACAGAUCUCUUGUUGCUAACCUAGCUGCAGCCAACUGCUUCACAGAAGAGCAUCUUGAUAAAGUAGAAAAUAUGGCAUUUGUGGAGAAAGCCAAGUUCUUCUACUGUGCGGGCUUCCCGCUGACUGCGUGUCCCAAGGCCAUGAUGCAGAUUGCUCGACAUUCCCUGGAAAAGCAGAAGACCUUCUGCAUGAACCUGUCGGCGCCAUUCCUGUGCCAGUUCUUCAAGGAACCCAUGAUGCAGCUUAUGCCUUAUGUCGACUUUGUCUUCGGAAAUGAAAAUGAAGUGGAAGAAUUUGCCAAAGCAAAUGAAUUUGACACUCUGGAUCAUAAGGAAAUUGCCCUGAAAAUAGCCAGUCUACCAAAAGAGAGCAGUCGGCCCCGGACUGUCAUCAUCACAGAGGGAGAACUACCUGCUAUAGUCGCCCAGAAUGGAACAAUUAGUGAGUUUAAAGCCACCAUUGUGCCUGCUGAUAAAAUAGUCGACACAAACGGUGCUGGAGAUGCAUUCGUUGGAGGGUUCCUGUCCCAGCUGGUGCAGGGGAAGUCGGUGGAAGACUGUAUGCGGUGUGCACACUGGGCGGGCCAGUUCAUUAUACAGCAGUCCGGGUGCACGUUCCCCAAGACCCCCUCCUACAAGUGAAGCCCCCCGAGCCCGCCAUCAUCAUUGUACAUUAUUACACAACAUGGAGACUCCAUAUCCAGGCUUCACCUCGCUACUUUGUACCGCAGCCUGAUGGCUGUCUGAGGGUGUUGAUGGGUUAUACUGACUACAGCAACUAAGAUGCUGUAUAAGCAUAACACUGAUCUGAGUACUGUAAAACGUAACAUAAAACCACGAUGAAAUAAUGAUUAGUGCAACAUGAAUAAUUUGUUUUAGUUGUAAAAGUCGAAACAACAAGAAUAUAGACUCAUUAUCGAUCGCAUUGUGUUAAAUUGAAAGCAGAAUAAGAAUAAAUGUUACAGACUGAAUAAGAUUGUAACCCAUUCGCACACAAGUAUUGAAGUAUAAAUAUUCCUACCUGUACUGACCGCCCCCAUCAGGACCCUCAUGUAUCUCCAUGACGUCUGCUGGAACAUAGCACAGCAGGCACACAAUUUGUGUAUUGGGAGAUGGUGUUUCGAUAACGCACAUAUCGUAUAGACUGUUCCACGUAAAUACAAACCCGUGGAUAACCAAACCUGAAGUAUGUGUUUGACUAGGUUGAGACGUUCCUUGCAUGUUUGAUUCAAGUCAUUCAAACUCAUUUCAUGUCUAUGCAAUCUCAUAUGCAUAUUUAAUAAUCUAGCGGUAAAUUAUUACCCAAAUAGCAAGGACUGGUAGGAUACAGAAAGUUAUAUGAUAUGUACCAUAAUAGUUAGGUGAGGAUACGAGGCGUAUCGUGAUACAGACAUAAUUAAUAAAUUGGAUGAUUCUGAUCCAAAGUCCACGUUUUUGGUGAAAAUAUGAAAUAUGAUACCAAACAGAAAAUGCUGUGAUGCAUUAUAAUUUAGUCUCCAAUGUAAUAUUUGUUGUUGAUAUGUGACCAGGAUAUGAUUGUCAACAUUUGACGUAUGGGUGAACUGUACACCCAACCUAUUGCACGAACAUUAUUGAAUCACAGACCUAUACAUGGGCGGAUACAGCUUUUUUGAAAAGGGGGGGUGCACAAUUAAGAUCUAUUUAUUGUCUUUGGUGGUAAUUUAUCCGCCCAUGCUAUAGACCUUGACAGACAUUGGACACCAGGCUAUGAAGCAGAGACCCUAUUUAACUUUCGUCAAAUGUUUAAGUUGUUUAAAACAUAUCAGAUGAUGUGAAAACAGAAUAUGUAUCAGUUGUUUUUCAGCCAUCUACUGGGUUUGUGAAAUUGAAAUGAAAAAAUACAUGUCGUAUAGUUGCGUUAUGUAUGUAUUUAUGCAUCAUUGCAUAUUUUACAUCCUAUGACCGAAAGUUGAGAUCUGUAAGAUACUGGCUGCGUAAUCUGUCAAGGUUUAGACCCGCUAAAGACCCGGGUUGUAUUCCUGACAUGGUUAUAAUGUGUGAAGCCCAUUUCUGGUGUGCCCCGCUGCGAUAUUGCUGGAAUAUUGCUAAAAGCGGCGUAAAACCAUACUCACUCACUCACUCACUCACAUCUGCAUUUCUUCUAUUUCAUUAUGUAUUUAGAAUUUCAUGCUGUAAAAACUGUAUUUUAGUCCAGAUACUACUGAGUUGUAUUGACAUUGAUAUAUGUAAUGAAAUCAUGAACUGAUACAAGCUUUGUUAUUGAAUACAAGAGCAUUCCUUUCACAAAUGUUUGAUUGAAAUGCCUUCCUCCUUAUUGAGUUCA